AUGAGCGAUUGGUUACACUGCAAUAUAUGUGUCCGAUUACCAACCUCUAGUGAGAAUGUUCCAUUUUUCCUCACAUCUUGUGGUCAUAUCAUAUGCCAGCAGUGUUUAGAAAAGAGUGGUGUUAGUUCCUGUCAGGUGUGUCAAAAGGCAAUGCACGUUUUGGAGAUAAAUCGCUUGCUACGUCCUGAACAUCAAAUGUAUUUUCGGAAUCCGAAAGAAUUGUUAGAAACUUACGUGAAAAACAUAAACAGUGUUCUAGAUUUUCAAGCACACCAUCGCAGUCGUCUAAUGAAAGCAAGGCAGGAUCACGUAAUUUUCAGGAAAGCUUUAGCUGAAAAGGCUGACCUGGCAGAAGAAGUCAAGAAGCUCCGUCAGCACACGCAAAAAUUGGAAGAUCUGUAA